CGCAUAUUCAGGGGGCGAGACAUUCGGCCCGCACCUCAAUCGCUUAAAUUUGGGAUAGACCGCCCCCACAUCUCUUCUCUCCGCCGCACUACUUACCCCAAACUUCCUGUUGACGUCGCCCGCUAAGACAUAACUCAACUUCAUUCGUUUCUGCAUCGCCCGUCAUCUUUCUUGUCGAUGGCUCCUGCUGUCAACCACCCUGCCGGUGUCACCUUCAUCGACGAGCAGCGCCCUGUUAACGUCGACGCCGCCAUAUACUAUGGAGGUGGAGAGACCUUCCAACGCUCGAGGACAUACAGCGCCUCCCACAUCCAUGGGUACAAUCCGAAGCGUGCGCCUACUUUCGAGAAGGACCAGCACUUGAGAGCAAGGCGGUUAUCGCACGACGAGAAGAACGUCACUGGUCCGAGGAGGUUCUUGAUUGAUGUCGAAGAAACAAUUAGAGUCAUUCUCGAGCAGGAGGACACCGAUGGAGAUUUCCAGAUCAGUGUUACAGACGCAGGACCGAAGAUCAUGGCUCUGGGUACUGCAACAAGCAACGGUUUCAAGACCUUUGACAUCCGCGGAAACUACAUGUUAUCGAAUUUGCUUCAGGAACUUGCCCUCGCACGAGACCACAACAGGAAGCGUAUUGUCCUGGACGAGGCUCGUCUGACUGAAAACCCCGUGGAUCGUUUGUCCCGCAUGAUCCGUGAUUCCUUCUGGCAUUCCCUUACUCGUCGUAUUGACGGCGAUGGCCUUGAGAUAAUCACCGCCGACCCCAAGAACCGCACCGGUCGUGUCCAACCCCGCAUAUAUGUGCCGCACGGCGAACCUGCUAUGGCUGAAUAUUACAGGAAGGUUGCUCGUGACAAGCCUCACAUGAAUCUGGAUGUUCAGGUACUCCCAGAGAAGAACGACAGUCCGGAGUUUGUUAAGAGUCUUAACUCUAAGCCUGGGCUACUUGCACUUGCUAUGAACGAAGUCGACGAUGGGAAAGGUGGCAAGACUCUGAAAGGCAUUCCAUUCGUUGUCCCUGGCGCCCGAUUCAACGAGCUUUACAACUGGGAUUCAUACUUCAUUAGUCUUGGUCUCCUUGUGGAUGGCCAGGUCAACAUGGCCAAGGGCAUGGUUGACCACUUCAUCUUCGAGAUCAAGCACUACGGAAAAAUAUUAAACGGCAGCCGGAGCUACUAUCUCUGCCGUUCCCAACCUCCUUUCCUUACGGACAUGGCCCUCCAGAUCUACAACCAGCUCGAUCGAUCCGACGUGGAAGCCAACCGUCAAUGGCUGAAACGCGCAAUCCAAGCGGCCAUAAAGGAGUACCACACCAUCUGGGUUGCGGAGCCCCGCAUGGACCCGAAAACCGGUCUUUCGCGCUUUCGCCCUGAUGGUUUGGGUAUCCCUCCCGAAACGGAAGCCACCCACUUCACGCACGUCCUUGAGCCGUUUGCUGCGAAGCAUGGCAUCUCUGUACAUGAGUUCGGCGAGCGUUACAACAACGGAACUCUCAAGGAACCGAAGCUCGACGAGUACUUCCUGCACGAUCGUGCCGUGCGUGAGUCGGGCCACGACACGACGUAUCGGUUCGAGAAGCGGUGUGCGAACCUCGGCACCAUCGAUCUUCAGGCCCUUCUGUACAAGUACGAGGUCGACAUCGGGACUGCGAUUCGGGAGCUCUUCGACAAUGAGCUGUACCUCGAGGAGGACUUCCCUCUCUCGCCUUUCCCGGUGACGCCGCAGAACUACGCGAAUCCCUACCGUGAACGUUCGACGAGCCGUGCUCAGACGAGCGAGGAGUGGUUCGCGAGGGCAGAGUGGCGACAGGGAAUGAUCAACAAGUACCUCUGGAACGAGUCGAAGGGCCUUUACUUCGACUACGACACCGCUACUGAGAAGCAAAGUCUUUAUGAGAGUGCCACUGCCCUUUGGGCCCUCUGGGCAGGAUGCGCUAGCGAGGAGCAAGCUUGGAAGCUUGUGUCGCAAGCGCUGAAGAAGUUUGAGGUCUUGGGCGGUGUUGUUUCUGGAACCGAAGAAUCUCGUGGUAAAAUUUCCUUGGACAGGCCUAACCGACAGUGGGAUUACCCGUACGCAUGGCCUCCUCAUCAGAUUAUGGCUUGGGUUGGCUUGGAAAGAUACGGCUAUCUGGACGAGGCUCAACGGUUGGCUUACCGCUUCCUCUACAUGAUGACAACCGCGUUCGUCGACUUCAAUGGGGUUGUUCCCGAGAAGUUUGAUGCGGUUAAGUUGUCACAUUUGGUAGACGCAGAAUACGGCAAUCAGGGCAUUGACUUCAAGAUGGUGCCUCGCGAGGGCUUCGGCUGGAUGAACGCUGCAUACCAGGUCGGUCUAUCGUUCCUGACAGUGCACAUGCGCCGUGCCGUCGCUGCUUGCACCAGCCCCGAGGUAUUCUUCAAGAGUGCAGGCGCGGCGGCGGCUCAAGCCCAGGCAAACGUCGCUGCCGCCGAUCCUUUGGACCUCGCCAUGGAAAACCUCAAUAUUUCGUCCUAAAAAGCGUUAUAUCGUCAUUUCGCUCAAUGGAUACUUAUGCAACGAUACUUACAUCUUCUCAUUUAAUUAUGUUCUUUCAACCUUCUGACUGCGGAAGAGGGAGUAAUAUAGGGUUGGGCUCCUGAUGAUGUUAUGGCAGAUACAGGGCUUUGUAGUAACGCUUUACGCAAACGAGCAAGUUGCUUUGCAUGCAUAUAGACAGUCAAGAAAUUUAUAGACGG